CCACCACCACCUGCACCCAACACCAUUAAACCCCUUUCCCCACCUCUACAUCUCAUAUUUCCGGCAUCUUCUUUCUCUCUGCAGACACCAUCUCUGUGUCUCUCUCUACACACGAACAGCCAUGGUGACAGAAAAACGCCAACCACUGCAAUCGAGCACCACAGACAACAUCCCACCACCUACCAAACCCGCCGCCACCAAAGCCGGGAGAACCAUUGAAGAAACUUAUCAGAAGAAGACUCAACUCGAGCACAUCCUUCUCCGGCCCGAUACUUACAUUGGAUCUAUCGAAAAACAUGAACAGACGCUUUGGGUAUGGGAGGAUGAUCAGAUGGUGAAAAGAUCUAUCUCGUACGUCCCUGGACUCUACAAGAUCUUCGACGAAAUUCUCGUGAAUGCUGCGGAUAACAAGCAGAGAGAUCCUAAGAUGGACUCUGUUAAGGUCACGAUCGAUGUCGAGAAGAAUUUGAUUAGCGUGUAUAAUAACGGCGAUGGAAUUCCGGUUGAGAUUCAUCAAGAGGAAGGUGUUUAUGUGCCUGAAAUGAUUUUUGGUCAUCUACUGACGAGUAGUAAUUACGACGAUUCCAUCAAGAAGACUACUGGUGGGAGAAAUGGUUAUGGUGCGAAGCUUGCUAACAUCUUCUCCACUGAGUUUACACUCGAGACUGCAGAUGGGAAGCGUAACAGACGUUACAAACAGGUGUUCUCAAACAACAUGGGGAAGAAAUCUGAGCCAACCAUAACAAAGUGCAAGAGUGGUGAAAACUGGACAAUGGUUUCAUUUAAGCCUGAUUUAACAAAAUUUGGCAUGGAAUGCCUUGAAUCAGAUGUUGUUGCUUUGAUGAAGAAGCGUGUGGUUGAUUUAGCAGGCUGCCUUGGAAAGAGUGUGAAAGUUGAACUUGAUGGAAAACGUGUUCCUCCUAAAACAUUUGAAGACUAUGUCAAACUUUAUCUACAAUCAUCUCAAGAACCCCUAAGGAUUUACGAGAAAGUUAAUGAAAGAUGGGAGAUUUGUGUUAGUAUGGCUGAUGGGCAUUUUGAACAGGUGAGUUUUGUGAACAAUAUUGCUACAAUAAAGGGAGGGACACAUGUUGAUUACAUAACCAAUCAGAUAGCCAAUCAUCUUGUGGCUGUUGUCAAGAAACAGAACAAACAUGCAACCCUCAAGGCCCACAAUGUAAAAAAUUACUUAUGGGUAUUUGUCAAUGCUCUUAUUGACAAUCCUGCAUUUGAUUCACAAACAAAAGAAACAUUAACAAUCAAACAAAGCAGUUUUGGCUCCACAUGUGAACUCACACCAGAGUUCUUAAAGAAAGUUGCGAAAUCUGAUAUUGUGAAAAAAGUUCUCUCAUGGGUUCAGUUUAAACAGCAUAAUGAUCUUAAGAAAACUGAUGGAAACAAGAGGGGAAAACUCAACAUUCCUAAACUUGAAGAGGCUAAUUUUGCUGCUACAAAUAAUUCAGACAACUGUACUUUGAUAUUGACUGAAGGAGAUUCAGCCAAAGCUUUAGCAAUGUCUGGAUUGUCUGUUGUGGGACAAGAUUACUAUGGUGUGUUUCCAUUAAAAGGUAAAUUGCUGAAUGUGAGGGAAGCAAGUCCCAAACAGUUGCAAGAAAAUGCUGAAAUUCAGAACAUUAAGAAGAUUCUUGGACUCCAACAUGGUAAAGAGUAUGACAAUGUCAAAUCUUUGAGAUAUGGUCACUUGAUGAUAAUGGCUGAUCAGGAUCAUGAUGGAUCACAUAUUAAAGGACUGUUGAUCAACUUCUUGCACUCAUUCUGGCCAUCUUUACUAAAAGUACCUGAGUUUGUACUAGAAUUCAUCACUCCAAUUGUUAAGGCUACUCAAAAGAAUAGUAACAAUGUUAUAUCCUUUUACAAUAUGCCUGAGUAUGAGGCAUGGAAGGAAAGUCUAGGGUGCAGAGUAAAGAAUUUCAAAAUAAAGUACUAUAAGGGGUUGGGAACAAGUAAUGGUAAAGAAGGAGCAGAGUAUUUUGCUGAUCUUGAUAAACAUAAGAAGGAUUUUGUUUGGGCUGAUGAUGAAGAUGGUGAUGCCAUAGAGUUGGCUUUUAGUAAGAAGAAGAUUGAAGCUAGAAAGACAUGGCUUAGAGCACUUCAGGCUGGGACAUAUUUUGAUUCAAAUGAGAAACAUAUCCCAUAUCGAGAUUUCAUCAACAAGGAGCUUAUCUUGUUUUCAAUGGCUGAUCUUCAAAGAUCCAUCCCAUCAAUGGUGGAUGGAUUAAAACCGGGUCAAAGAAAGAUUCUUUUUUGUGCUUUCAAGAAACCCAUUUUCCAAGAAGUAAAAGUGGCUCAAUUCAGUGGUUAUGUAUCUGAACACUCAGCUUAUCACCAUGGUGAAGCAAGUCUUGUGGGGACCAUCAUUGGCAUGGCUCAAAACUUUGUUGGCAGCAAUAACAUCAACCUUCUUUACCCAAGUGGCCAAUUUGGUACACGUCAGAUGGGUGGAAAAGAUCAUGCAAGUGGAAGGUAUAUUUACACUAAGCUUACACCCAUCACACGUCAUCUUUUUAACAAGGCAGAUGAACUUCUCCUCAACUACUUGAGUGAAGAUGGACAAUCUAUUGAGCCUACAUGGUAUCUUCCAAUUAUACCCAUGGUUUUGGUGAAUGGAAGUGAAGGAAUAGGGACAGGGUGGAGUACAUUUGUGCCUAAUUAUAACCCUAGGGACAUAAUUGCUAACUUGAAACGUUUAUUGAAUGGGGAAGAAAUGGUGCCAAUGGAUCCAUGGUAUAAAUGGUUCAGAGGAACAAUUCAGAAAACAGCAUCAAAGGACACUGGAUACACAACCACUGGAAUUGUUGAGGAAGAUGAGGACGAAAAUACCCUCCGCAUCACUGAGUUGCCAGUUAGAAGGUGGACACAGGAAUACAAGGAGUUUUUGGAAGUUGCUUCAACUGCUGGAAAAGACAAAGAACCUUUCAUAGAGGAAUACAAUGCUCAUAAUGACGACACAACAGUGAAUUUUCAAAUAAUAAUGACUGCUGAUCAAAUGAACAAAGCAAGACAAGAAGGGCUGUUGAAGAAAUUUAAACUCACUACUACUUUAAGCACAAGUAACAUGCACUUGUUUGAUGCAAAUGGCGUGAUAAAGAAGUAUGACACCCCUGAGCAAAUUCUUGAAGAUUUCUUUCCCCUUCGUCUUGACUAUUAUGAGAAAAGGAAGGCAACAUUGCUUCGUGAGCUAGGGAAGAUAUCAUUGACACUUGAAAACAAAGUGAGGUUUAUAAAAGAGGUUGUGGAAGGGACACUUGUCGUAAGCAACAGAAAGAAAGCUGACCUGUAUGCUGAGCUGGCAAAGAAAAAGUACACGCCGCUACCAAAAGAAGCUGUUAUCGAAGCAUCAAUUGCAGGGGCUGUUGAUCAUGUUGAAGGAAGUGAAGAGACCGAAGAGGAGGAAACAUCCGACGUGCCGAUCGAUGUAGAAGCGGCGGCGGCUGCCGCCAGCAAGACGAUUCCGGGAACGGAAUAUGAUUACUUGCUGUCAAUGGCGAUUGCGAGUUUGACUUAUGAGAAAAUGAAACAGUUGUGGAAGGAAAGAGAUGAAAAGAAGGCUGAGUUUGAUGAACUUACCAACACUCCUUCUAGAUCUUUAUGGUUGAAAGAUCUUGAUGCUCUUGAUAAACAACUCGAUGAACAAGACAAGAGAGAUGCGAAAGAUGAAGCGGAAAGAAAGAAACAGCAAGAAAAAGCAAGAGCUAAAGGUCCCGGUGGCCGGAAUGCUAGGAAGCCGGUGAGAAGGGCACCGGCGCCGAAGAAACCCGCCGUCGCCAAGGCUGAACCGAUGGAAAUAUCAGGUGGUUCUCCGGCUGAGACUGGUAAUGCUCCUGCUCCGGCUCCGGCGAAGGGGAGGGGAAAAGCGGCGGCGCAAAAGAAAGCUCCGGCGAAGAGUAAGGGGAAAUCGGUUUUGAUCGAUGAAGAAGAAGAAGAGGAAAUACCUUCGUUGGCUCAACGUAUGGCGAAGAGUAGUUUGAAUAGUGUGCAAGAUGUUGAUAAUGAUGACAUUGUUGAACUUGAAGAUCGAUUGGCUCGACAUAAUAUCGAAUCAUCUCCUGAUACAGCAGAAGUGGUGCCGAAAAAGAAACAACCGGCAAAAAGAGCUGCAGCGGCAAGGAAAAAGGCGACGACCAUUAUUUCCGAUGAUGAAGAUGAAGAUGAGGACGAAAUUGAACUGAGCGAUGAUUCUGAUUUUGAAAUUGUGAAACCGCCGUCGGAGGAGAAAAAGAGGGGGAAGAAGCCGGCGGCUGCGGCGGCGGCAAAACCACCAGCGGGAGCGACGAAGAAAAGAGGACCUGCAAAGAAAAAUCAACCAGCGGCUGGUGGGCAGAAGUUGAUUGCGGAAGUGUUGAAGCCUGUGGUGGUGGCGGAGGCGUCGCCGGAGAAGAAGGUGAGGAAGAUGAGGCCGUCGCCGUUUAAUAAGAAAAGUGGGUCGGUGUUGGGGCGGAUGAAUAAGGAUGAUGACGAUGAUGAUGAGGAGGAGAUGGUGGUGGCGGAGAGUAGUGGGGUGGUGGAGGUGGCGGCGAAAGCGAGGCCAGUGAGGGAGAACAGAAAGAAGAUGACGUAUGUGUUGAGUGAUUCCGAGGAAGAGGAUGAAGAUGACGAUGAUGCAACUGAGGAUUCUGAGUUCGAUGAUGACGAGUGAGUGAGUAGUAGUAAUGGAGGGGAUCAUCUUUUAGUUUGUAGGGAAUGGUUGGAAAAUUUAUGCUUGUUUUCCUGUGACAAUUUCUGUAGUUAAUCAUUGUGUUUGACAAUUGACAUGCAUGCAAGUACUUAUGAAGUUUAUAUAUUUCGUAGAUUCAUCGCC